GUAUCGUUCAAUCUACCUUUGCUAGCUCAUCUCAUCUACAAGUUUGUGUUUUCAGUAUCAAACCGAUAAUAAAAACGCCGCCAUUAUGGGUUUUUUGGGGAGAUGCCUUGAUUGGGGCACUGAGAAGAUUGGGCGACACAAAAACCUACUAACAAUUUCCACGCUUUCAUUGAUUAUUAAUUCUUCUUUAAAAGGGGGCAAAGCUGGAGCUGAAGUGGGGGGCCCUGCUGGCGCUGUUACCGGUGCAAGCAUCUGUUUGACAAUCGCUGUCGGAGUAGUCGUGGCAAAAUCAAUUUUUGGCACACAGGAAACUGGAGAGGUCGUUCCUAAUGCUUUCAAACCGUUUCCAACAGGUGACGCUCGAUCAAACAAAAGAUUCAAACAUUUUACAUGUGAUGCAUCGGGGAGCACCGAGAACGGAGACAUGGAAACAACUUGGACAGAAGAAGAAGAGGCGAUGUCAAACAAAAGCCAAAAGGACCCGAAAAAGGAAAAAGAAGAAAAAGGCAAAGAUUGCAGUGAAUGCAUACCGCAGACAGACGAAGAUAUCAAAGAGCUGUGCGAUUUGAUUCAAUCGUUAAGUAAUCUUCUAAAUGAAAUUCGAAACAAUGGUGACAAGCUGCUGUCGAAAAAACCGAAAUAUUUCAAAAAAUUGCUCGAUUUACUAACGAAAUUGAUUCACACACACGGCGCCGUGUUUCAACGAAGUGAGGCGCCGGAGGCGAGGGGUAUCACAUUGAUUCCCUUUCGCAUCGCACAAGUACAAAACCCGCCCGAACUGUUUUUCGAUGGACGCAUUCAAGAGUUCUUUAGUACCAUGCUGACGCCUAUCAACAAUUCAAACGAUUCCAACAAUUCAAACGAUUCCAACGAGACUUCAGAAUCAUUCAAGAACAUCAAAGGUCUCAUCUACUGCAUCCAAUGCCAAAUAUGUCGAGGCGACAACCAAAACGUAUUUAACUACGUGGGGCAGACUGUCCAACUUGUGGCGAAACGGGGAACAAAGCAUUACAGAGUCAUCAAGACCCAAGAUGGCCACCCGCUACACAAUCACUUAACAAAGAAACACGAAAUAAUAUGUCAGAAUGGCCAGAUUAAUGUCGGUAUUCUUUCAAAUGCUUACAAAAUCUAUUUGGUUCACGACUUAAGCGACAACGCAACGUCCCCAAGAGUAGACAAGAGUUGUAAGAGAGAGACGGACAAGCGCAUUCGUCGCUCCUGGGAAAUGUUUUACCAGUGGAUCUACAGAGCAAUGGACUUUGACGGCGGUGGCAGUAGAAGAUAACACCAGACGGGCUUUAAAAAACAGUAGUUGUUUGUAGUUGAUUAUUGAACAAAUACAAUUUCAUGAAACUCAGA